UUCUGUUCUUUGUUUUUGCGUUCCACAAUCUUUGUCGUCCGACUCCGACGAAGUCAGUGGACGAAGAGUUUAGUGGGGUAUUUUGAUUUUACUGCAAUAAUUGUAUCCUUUUCUUUUCUUUUUAGCAUUGAGUGUUUUGAGAAAUUGUUUUGAUGGAAAGGAUAUGAGAUUAGGGUUCUAUCUCAAUCUCAGUUUACAUUGAAGAGAAGCCAAGAUAAAAAAAAAAAAAAAAAAAAAAAAUGUUUNCGUAUACAUACGUCCGAUUCUGGCAUUUGCUAUUUUGCAUAAUUGAAUCAAAAGAAUGAGUACUGCGUCGGCUUUUAGUUCAAUUUGCUUCGAACGAGGAUGUUGGUUCCAGGGGGGAAGGAAGAUUCGUGUAGCGGAUAAGCGAGUCAAUAAGCUUACUUUGGGAUCCCAUGUGGCUUCUUUAUCUUCAAAGAGCUUCAGAGUUUCAGCCAAUAGCUCUGCUAAACCAGAAAAGGAUAUUCGGAUUGGUCUUCUUGGUGCUAGUGGCUACACUGGUGCUGAGAUCGUCAGGCUUCUUGCAAAUCAUACGCAUUUCCAGGUCACUCUGAUGACUGCUGAUAGAAAAGCUGGCCAGUCAAUGGAAAGCGUUUUCCCGCACCUGAGAGCUCAAAAACUACCUAGAUUGAUCUCGGUGAAGGAUGCAGAUUUUUCUACUGUGGACGCUGUAUUCUGCUGUUUGCCUCAUGGAACAACACAGGAAAUCAUCAAGGAACUGCCCAGCGCGUUAAAAAUUGUUGACCUUUCAGCGGACUUCCGGCUGCGUAAUAUUUCAGAAUACGAAGAAUGGUAUGGUCAACCACACCAGGCAGUAGAGUUACAGAAAGAAGUUGUGUAUGGUCUAACAGAGAUUCUAAGGGAGGACAUAAAAAAGGCACGCCUUGUAGCUAACCCAGGCUGUUACCCGACUUCGAUUCAACUUCCUCUUGUUUCUUUAAUGAAGGCAAAUCUCAUCAAACAUGAAAACAUUAUUAUCGACGCAAAAUCUGGUGUUAGUGGAGCAGGACGUGGUGCGAAGGAGGCAAAUCUUUACUCUGAGAUAGCUGAAGGCAUUUCUUCUUAUGGUGUCACACGACAUCGCCAUGUUCCUGAAAUUGAACAGGGAUUAUCUGAUGUUGCACAAUCAAAAGUAACAGUCAGUUUUACGCCGCAUCUCAUGCCAAUGAUCCGCGGAAUGCAAUCAACUAUAUAUGUGGAAAUGGCACCUGGGGUUACAACUGAAGACUUACACCAGCAAUUGAAGACGUCUUAUGAGGAUGAAGAAUUUGUCAAAGUGUUGGAUAAAGGAGUAGUUCCUCGGACACACAACGUUAGAGGAUCCAACUAUUGUCAUAUGAAUGUCUAUCCUGAUCGAAUCCCUGGAAGAGCUAUCAUAAUCUCAGUGAUUGAUAAUCUGGUGAAAGGAGCUUCGGGACAAGCGUUGCAGAAUCUUAACAUAAUGUUGGGAUAUCCCGAAACAACGGGACUCCUACAACAGCCACUUUUCCCUUGAGUUAUUCCAAAUUCCCGCUUUAAAACGAUGACAAACCUGAAGCUGUUUGGGACGGCAUUGUGGAGCAUAAAUAGGGUUAUUAUAAAGACAAAAAAGCUCUUCUCUUCUCAUUACAAACAAAAGGUUUUGUUGUAUGUUAGUUAUUUAAGUUGAACAAUAAUCUUUUCUCUUGUUUAAUUUAUUGUCUUCUUGGAAUAAAUAUGUAUCUUCAAUGUGAGUUCGAACUGGUCUGGUUCAAUAGACAUAGGUUCAAGAUGCUUUUAAAACCAUGCAUAUCAAUAAAGCGUGUAUAAGCCUCA